UUUAUUAAUAAAGUAAAAACUAUUUACUCGAAAUUUGUGAGUGAAUAACUUCACACUGUCAAGGUCUGCCUGUGCAUCGCCGCACGUACCAAUAUCAAACUAGGCAUCGCCGCCCUUGCCCCAAGACUGUCCAUUCCCGAACAAUGACGUCAACUGCGCUCAGACGACGGACGACAUAGGCGGGGGACCCCUACCCAUUAAAACUCUUCCAGUCACUACCAUGGCUUCCUUCAACAGAGCCUCAAGGGCCCUUAGAUCGAAGCUAAUCUCACUGCGUGCCUCGCCCAUUUUCACAAGCAGAACGCAUCACGACACUGGAACCUGCAGAGCCAUCCUCCCCCCUUUUGGAUGGAUUCCAUGUUCUCCGUUCUGCUCCCGUCCUCGCCACAACAGUAAGGACGCUUCUGACAUCGACUUGAGCCAGUACCCUACUGAAAAUAUCCGGAACUUCUCAAUUAUUGCCCAUGUGGAUCACGGCAAGUCCACCCUUGCCGACCGUCUUUUGGAGCUCACCGGAACUAUCAGGAAAGGUCAUGGUCAACCACAGUACCUGGACAAGUUGCAGGUAGAAAGAGAAAGGGGAAUCACUGUUAAAGCUCAGACAGCUACUAUGUUCCACAGCGGCAACUUCCUUGGUAGUGACACCGAUUUUUUGUUGAACCUCAUUGACACACCCGGGCAUGUGGAUUUUAGCUACGAAGUAUCAAGAUCUUUAGCUGCUUGUCAAGGCGCUCUUCUUGUUGUAGAUGCCGCCCAAGGAGUGCAGGCACAAACUGUUGCAAAUUUUUAUCUUGCUUUUGAAUCAAACUUAGCAAUCAUUCCUGUCAUAAACAAGAUUGAUCAGCCGACAGCGGAUCCAGAUCGCGUCAAAGCACAACUAAAAUCCAUGUUUGAUCUUGACCCCGGUGAUGCAUUGUUAACAUCUGCAAAAACUGGUCUAGGUCUAGAGCACGUUCUUCCUGCUGUCAUAGAGAGGAUACCUCCUCCUCCGGGAAAAGCAACUUCUCCACUCCGCAUGCUUUUGUUGGAUUCAUAUUAUGAUGAGUAUAAGGGAGUUAUCUGCCAUGUGGCAAUUGUUGAUGGUGCUUUGCGUAAAGGUGAUAAGAUUUCAUCUGCCGCAACUUCCCAAAGUUACGAGGUUUUAGAUGUUGGUAUUAUGCACCCAGAACUAGUGUCUACAGGAGUUCUUCUAACAGGUCAAGUAGGAUAUAUUGUUAGUGGCAUGCGUUCAACUAAAGAGGCUCGUAUUGGGGACACUCUCUAUCAUUGUCGAACCACCGUUGAGCCGCUUCCAGGUUUUAAACCUGCAAAGCAUAUGGUUUUUUCUGGUCUGUAUCCUGCGGAUGGGUCUGAUUUUGAGGCUCUCAACCAUGCCAUAGAGAGAUUGACUUGCAAUGAUGCUAGUGUUUCUGUUGCUAAAGAAAGCAGCACAGCUUUAGGUCUGGGUUUCAGAUGUGGCUUCUUAGGUUUACUUCACAUGGAUGUUUUUCAUCAACGCCUUGAGCAGGAACAUGGCGUGCAUGUCAUUUCCACUGUUCCAACGGUUCCAUAUAUUUUUGAGUAUUCAGAUGGAAGCAAAAUAGAGGUUCAAAAUCCCGCAAACCUGCCUUCAAAUCCAAAACAGAGAUUAGUUUCUAGCUGGGAACCCACUGUGUUAGCCACAAUUAUUAUCCCCAGUGAAUAUGUGGGUCCUAUUAUAACUCUAUGUGCUGAACGCCGAGGGGAUCAGCUGGAGUAUUCAUUCAUUGACAGUCAACGAACUCUUAUGAAGUAUCGCCUACCUUUGAGGGAAAUUGUUGUUGACUUUUACAAUGAACUGAAAAGUAUAACAUCGGGGUAUGCUUCAUUUGAUUAUGAGGAUGCUGAAUAUCAGGCAUCUGAUUUAGUGAAGCUUGAUAUCCUUUUAAAUGGACAACCAGUUGAUGCAAUGGCAACUAUUGUUCAUAAGUCGAAGGCGCCACGCGUUGGCCGUGAUCUUGUGGACAAGCUGAAGAAGUUCAUAGACAGGCAAAUGUUUGAAAUAAUCAUUCAAGCUGCUAUUGGAUCAAAGGUUGUUGCCCGGGAAACGGUCUCGGCCAUGAGAAAAAAUGUUAUUGCAAAGUGUUAUGGCGGUGAUGUUACUAGAAAGAGGAAGCUAUUGGAGAAGCAGAAAGAAGGGAAGAAGCGCAUGAAGCGUGUUGGCUCCGUUGAUAUUCCUCAAGAGGCUUUUCAUGAGAUACUGAAGGUCUCUUGAAGGUUUUUGUAAUGUCAUUUUUCAUUAAUUAAUGAAAUCUCCUGUCUAGGUAGGUGAAUGAAAAUUGUACGAGUAGUAAUGGAGAACAGUGGGUUAGCAGGAUAUAAGCUUUAAAUAGCACUGACAAUGCUUCAAUUCAUCAUUUAUAUAUUGAGGUUGAGAUUUGAG